AUGAAGUCGCUCAUUUCCUUUCUCCUGCUGCUCCUGGCAGCUGUCGCCCAGGCCGUGAGCUCCACUGGUGGCCGCUUGCUGGCUGUCCUCGAUGAUGUGGCAGACAAGGCCAGCUACUCCAAGUUUCUGGGAAGCCUGGAAGGCCGAGGCUUUACCAUCACUUACGAGACCCCCAAGAGCGAGUCGUUAUCGCUGUUCCACCUGGGCGAGAGGGCAUACGACCAUGUCAUUCUCUUCCCGAUCAAGACCAAGGGCCUAGGACCCAACCUGAGCCCGAACCUGCUCGUCAACUUCGUCAACGCCAAGGGCAACAUCCUCGUCGCCCUCUCCUCAGAGAUCACGACCUCGACCUCCAUCGUCGGCCUCCUGAACGAGCUCGACAUCUCCCUUCCCGCCGACCGCACCGGCCUCGUGGUCGACCACUUCAACUACGACGCCGCCUCGGCCGCGGACAAGCACGACGUCGUCCUGGUCCCCGCGCAGGGCCCGCUCCGCCCGGGCCUCCGCGACCUCUUCACCGGCCCGGGCGGCGACAAGCUGCCGCUCGCCUUCCCGCGCGGCGUAGGCCAGGUCCUCGGCGCCGGCGCCCUCCUGUCCCCCGUCGUGCGCGCGCCGCACACGGCCUACAGCUACAACCCCAAGGAGCAGGCCGAGAGCGUGAGCGACGACCUCUUCGCCUCGGGCGCCCAGCUCAGCCUCGUCUCGGCCUUCCAGGCCCGCAACUCUGCGCGCGUCGCCGUCGUCGGCUCGGCCGAGAUGCUGAGCGAUAAGUGGCUCGGCGCCAAGGUCAAGAGGGCCGGCGAGAAGAAGGAGGUCGCCACGGCCAACGACGAGUUCGCCAAGCGCAUCAGCGGCUGGGCCUUCCAGGAGAUUGGCGUCCUGCGCGUCAACUGGAUCGAGCACCACCUCAAUGAGGCUGGGGCCGUCAACGCCUCCAACCCCAAGAUCUACCGGAUCAAGAACGAUGUGAUCUACUCCAUCUCCGUCUCCGAGUACGUCUGGGACAAGUGGACCCCCUACACCGUCCCCGCCGGCGACGAGCUUCAGCUCGAGUUCUCGAUGCUCUCGCCCUUCCACCGGCUCAACCUGAGCCCCGUGCCGGCCGAGGCCACGGCCGACGCCAGCGUCUACCGCGUCGCCUUCAAGCUGCCCGACCAGCACGGCAUCUUCAACUUCAUGGUCAACUACAAGCGGCCCUUCCUGUCCAACGUCGAGGAGAAGGUCACCGUCUCGGUCCGCCACAUGGCCCACAACGAGUGGCCGCGCUCCUUUGUCAUCUCGGGCGCCUGGCCCUGGAUCGCGGGCAUCGGCGUCACCGUCACGGGCUGGCUGGCCUUCUGCGCGCUGUGGAUGUUCUCGCAGCCCGUCGGCAAGGCGGCGGCGGUGAAGAAGACCCAGUAG